AUGUCACAAUUCAUCUCCGGAUCACCCGAGGGUGAUGACAACCUUCCCUCGUUCAUGGAGCAGAGGAAGAAGCUAUCGGCAUCACCGUCGCAAACCGACCGAAAAGCAUCGGCAGACCCGAGCUCAUCGAAACAGCAGCACGGCAGCACACUCUCGCCUCAUUCACAUGGUGCGGGUCACCACCACCACUCCCACGGUCACUCGCACAAUUAUGCGCACGGCCACGGCAGCUGCAGCUGCAACGCUUCCUCCCACGGCCAACGCACCAUGUCCAACACGUCCAACUCUUCGCUCGGGUACGGCUCGCCUUCGCGCUCCAUGACUCGCACGCCCUCGCACGAAUACCGCGAAACACUCGAUGCCAAGAGCAAGAACCUCGACGACGGCUCACUCGUCAUCAACCAGUAUAAGAUCACCGACACCAUCGGUCGCGGCGCCUACGGUACCGUGCGCAAGGCCGUCCUCGUCGAAGACCCCGAGGUCAAAUUCGCCGUCAAGGAGUUUGGGAAGACUCGCCUGCGCAAAACGCAUCGUGCCGACAAGCUGCGCAAGCCUGCACGAAAUCGUGCUCCUCGCGCCCCCGCCGGCGCAGAUCGAGACAACGCAGGCAACCACAGCGAUCCGACAAAGGGCGGCGAGAAGCACGAGCAGAAGGAAGGCGACAACGCCAAAGACCCACUCUCCCUCAUCCGCCACGAAAUCGCCAUCCUCAAAAAGCUUCACCAUCCACACGUCGUCAAGCUAUACGAGGUGCUCGACGACCCAUCCAAGGACAACCUCUACAUGGUCUUCGAGUACUGCCCCGACGGAACCGUCAUCGAUAUUAAGCUCAAUCAUACCGUCGAGCCGCUACCCGAGGACGUUGCGCGCUACUACUUUGUGCAGAUCCUCAUGGGCAUCGAGUAUCUGCACGAGAACGACAUUGUGCAUCGCGACAUCAAGCCGGACAACAUUCUGCUGAGUGACGACCGCAAGACGUGCAAGAUGGUCGACUUUGGCGUGAGCGAGAUGUUCCUCAAGCCGGGGGAUGACACGAUGCAAAAGUCAGCGGGCAGUCCGGCCUUCAUGAGUCCCGAGCUGUGUACGGCGGGGCAUGCCGAGUACCAUGGAAAGGCAGACGACAUCUGGAGCUUUGGCGUCACGCUCUAUUGUAUGGUGGUAGGCCACCUGCCAUUCGAUAGGGACAACUUCUACGAGAUGUACGAAGCGAUAAAGAACGACGAACCUGAAUACCCGGAUCAUCUCAGCGACGAUCUCAAGGAUCUGUUGCACAAGAUGCUCACCAAGGAUCCGGAGAAGCGUAUCACCGUAGCUGAGAUGCGCGAGCAUCCCUGGACGCUGGCUGUCGAGGACGGCGUGCUGCUCUCGAAAGAGGACAAUCUCGAAGCGCUGGUAUCGGAGAUCACAGACGAGGACCUCGACUGCGCCAUUUGCAAGAUCACCAACAUCUUCACGUUCGCCCGCGCCAUCCAUCGGUUCAAAAAGGGCGGGUCGAUGCAGCGUGCUCGUCGCGGCACAUCGCAGACUUCCGACGGCAGCAGCAAUCAGGACCACAGUUGGUUCCCACGCUCUUUGGACAGCCCGGAGAAGCAGAGUCGGUCUGGCUCGAAAGAACGGGGGGCCGAUGACGCCGCCAGCCGCCUGGCUCGUGAUGUAUCCACCAUCAAAGAGGAAUCUCCCGCACCAUCUACGGCCACACAACAGAAGAACUUCGAGCAGAUCAAGGGCAGUAGGGAAGACAAAGAGGAAGGGGUGCACGAGAUCCAAGCCGCAGCAGCGCACAUGUUCGAAUCUCCGCAGAUGCACACCUUUGAGCUGCCACCGGAGGAGCCGGACGGAAAUGGGCCGUUGCAACGCAACCACUCUGGGCCCAUCUCAACGCUUCACCGUCCCGACGACGCCGAUGGGCAGCGCGUGAGCGAAUCACCACGGUGCGCCUCACCCGAGAUGGUCUCCUCACCCACCUCCGAAGGCGGCUUUGACACAGAGCAACCCCAACGCUCCACGUCCAAUGACCACAUCACCCGCGCCGACUACACAGCUGACACGAACAAACCCGACGAAUCCAUCGCGACGCAUCUCUCGCACAUGGUGCUGGAGCACGAAAAGGAGCAGAAGCAAGACGAUCCCGAUAGGAAGGACGAGGCGCGCAAGAACGAGGUGCUCCCACCGAAGCAUCCCGAUCCUGCCUCGCCGGACGACGACGCGGAUCACCGCGCUAUGAGUGUCCAGGAGCGCGCGGCGUCGCUAGGCAAGAAGGGGGAGAAGAAACCGAAACCCAAGCUGUUGCCCGAUCAACCGACGGUGUCGAGCCCACACACGGAGGAUCUUGGAACCCCGCCCGGCGCCGCAGAUGUCUACAAGGAGGGCAAGGACGAUGGAGAGGAGCGCGACAAGAAUGGGGAGGAGUACUUCCCGCAGAAAGGGAAGGAAGAGCAGAAGGGAGAGAGGGAGGAGCAGGAUGAUGAGACAGAGGUGGAGAAGCAGGCGCAGACUGUGUGA